AUGAGAGUCCUGUGCUUAUCGGUGCUCCUGGCAGUUGCCAUUGCGUGUGUUGUGGCGGAGAAGAAGACUGACGACUACGUCCUCACCACCCAGAGUGACUGCUACACGUCCAAAAAGUUCUUCACCUGCCUCAAGUACAGGACAGUGCGCUACAUCUGGGCCAUCGCCACCGGCAGGAUGAACCUCUUCGACCCCGAGACGAACCUGGAGGCUGGCAGCAGUCUGCGUCUGGUGCAAUUGUCCGUGCCAGAGAAGGAGGAUCUCUUCUCAGAGCCUCGACAAAUAGCAGGUGACACUGAAUGGUCGAAAGCAAUCAAGUUCUUCAAGAGAUCCAUCAACACCUUCCUCAGCUUCCACGGAGUGGGAAUGGGAAUUGACAAUGAGAAGGGUGCUCGAUUGAUUGCCAGCGAAGAAGGCGAGGAUUCUUCAGAGGGACGUCGAAUCAGACGGAAGAAGCUGAACCUGAUAUUCCCUCUGGCAAUAUUGCUCAAGUUGGCCCAUCUCAAAGUCACCCUCCUGCCAAUUCUGCUGGGCAUCGGCUUCAUUCAGGUUCUUCUGAUUGCGGGCGGGGCUCUCCUGUUCCACUUCCUGCGGAACAACACGCUGUGCAAAGUGCAGCCACACCUCAUUCACUCGCACAGCCACGUGACAGAAUCAGGGCCAGAGGUCAGCUACAACUCCUACCAAGGCUACAAUCCCUACGGACCUCCGUACGGAGGCCAUAUAGGUUACAACAAGGAUUGGGCCACGAAUCGUGCCUACAGUGCGUACAACAUUGUGCCAGACGCGGAGAAGCAAUAA